AUGGCCCGGGUGGAAAACGAGAUGAGUGAGAUUGAGAUGGUCAUCGAACUGGAGCGCAGCACUGCGAAGAGCACAACCUACUUCCACAUGUUGUUUGGAGUGGGGUCGAAGGAUCUGCAUGUCCGGAGACGAGUACAGUUGGUAGUAUGGCUCCAGAUUAUCCAGAGUUGGACUGGUAUUGCCGGAGUCACAAUGUAUGCACCGACAAUCUUCAAGAUCGCGGGCUUUGGCUCCCAAAAGUCCAUGUGGAUCGCUGGUCUUAACAAUAUAUUUUAUACCUUCGCGACUCUGAUCUGCGUUUUCACACUGGAUCGGAUCGGUUGA